GCCAGGGCUGGACCCUGGUGCAGCGCUCCACCUGCAGGGCCUCGGCCUCUGCUCGCGGGUGGCCGCUGGGCGCCGUCUGGCUCCGGCAUCUUUGCUCCUGCCGCUUGGUUCGGUGAGCUGGGCAGGCCCUCCCAUGACCAGCUGGACAGGUCAUGGCGUCCAGCUUGUGGGACCUGAGGCUCCAGCAGAGGCAAUGACCACCAGGGACCCUGCCCCAGACCUGUUACAGAGCCUGGACCUUCUUGGGACACGAGCCUGCCUGGGACAGGGAAGCUUCUCUCUUUGAAGAGCUUUGCGUUUGUAACAAAGGAAGUCAAGAUGACGACUUCGUCCAUCAGGCGGCAGAUGAAAAACAUCGUGAACAAUUACUCGGAAGCCGAGGUUAAAGUCCGGGAAGCCACCUCCAAUGACCCGUGGGGCCCGUCCAGCUCGCUGAUGACUGAGAUCGCGGACCUGACCUACAACGUGGUGGCCUUCUCGGAGAUCAUGAGCAUGGUGUGGCGGCGGCUCAACGACCACGGACGGAACUGGCGGCACGUGUACAAGGCGCUGACGCUGCUCGACUACCUCGUCAAGACGGGCUCUGAGCGCGUGGCCCAGCAGUGCCGCGAGAACAUCUUCGCCAUCCAGACCCUGAAGGACUUCCAGUAUGUCGACCGUGACGGCAAGGACCAGGGCAUCAACGUGCGUGAGAAGUCCAAGCAGCUGGUGGCGCUGCUCAGGGAUGAGGAGCGGCUGAAGGCUGAGCGGGCCCAGGCCCUCAAGACCAAGGAGCGCAUGGCCCAGGUGGCCACCAGCAUGGGCAGCAACCAGAUCUCAUUCGGCCGAGGCUCCAGCCAGCCCAACCUCUCCACCAGCUACUCAGAGCAGGAGUACGGCAAGGCCGGGGGGUCGCCCGCCUCCUACCAUGGCUCACCCGAGGCCUCGCUGUGUCCCCAGCACCGCACGGGGGCCCCGCUGGGUCAGAGCGAGGAGCUGCAGUCGCUGAGCCAGCGCCACCCCUUCCUGCUGCACCCGGGGCCGGCCUCCCGCCCAAAUGGCGACGGGUCCCAGCCCUGCCUCACUUGUGACCGCGCAGCCCGAGCCACCUCCCCGCGGGUGUCCUCCGAGCUGGAGCAGGCCCGGCCACAGACGAGCGGAGAAGAGGAGCUGCAGCUGCAGCUGGCGCUGGCCAUGAGCAGAGAGGUGGCUGAGCAGGAAGAGCGCCUCCGGCGGGGCGAUGACCUCAGGCUGCAGAUGGCCCUGGAGGAAAGCCGCAGGGACACCGUCAAAGUUCCAAAAAAGAGAGAGCACGGCUCCCACCCACAGCAGCCCACACUGUUGGAUCUGAUGGACGCCCUGCCCGGCUCGGGCCCUGCUGUGGAGAAGGCAGAGCCCUGGGGCCCAUCCGCCUCAGCUAACCAGACCAACCCCUGGGGUGGGCCGGCAGCCGCAGCCAGCACUUCGGACCCCUGGCCAUCGUUCGCCGCCUCUGGGGCCUUUGAUCUCUUCAGUAAUUUGAAUGGUACAAUUAAAGACGACUUUUCUGAGUUUGACAACCUCCGAGCUUCAAAAAAAGCAGCCAAGGCGGCCUCUCCGCCCUCCCGGAACAGUGGGACUACCAGCCCCGACCCCUUUGAGUCUCAGCCCCAGACUGUCGCCUCAAGCAAGCCCAGUGGUGCCCGGAAAACCCCCGAGUCCUUCCUGGGCCCCAACGCGGCCCUGGUGAACCUGGACUCGCUGGUGACCAGGCCAGCCCCGCCAGCUCAGUCCCUCAACCCUUUCCUGCCUCCAGGUGCAGCCGCGGCCGCCGCCCCGGUCAACCCCUUCCAGGUGAACCAGCCCCAGCCACUGACGCUGAACCAGCUGCGGGGGAGCCCGGUUCUGGGGAGCAGCGCGUCCUUCGGGCCCAGCCCAGGUGUGGAGCCCAUGGCCUCCGUGACGUCCACGGCUUCACACCCUGCCCUGGGGGUCAGCGGUUCCUCCCUGACGCCCCUGGGCCCCGCCACGAUGAACAUGGUGGGCGGCCUGGGCGGCCCCCCGUCGGCAGCCCCGGCCACUGGCACCACCAACCCCUUCCUCCUCUAGUGCCCGCCUGGACCCGCCGCAGAGCAUCUGUGCCAAGGACGCCGGGGGGGACCUCGUCUGUGGAAUGGGGUCCGAGAGUGGGGGGUUAGGGCUUUCCGGUCUAGCUUCUGAUAAAAGGGUGUCUUUGCAGCCUGACCCUCAGACGAGCGGUGGUGGGCUCACUGAGACGUCGGACAGCACGCGGGCGGGUCUCCGAGCCUUUGAGGGGGCCCCUGACCCAGCCUGGCCGCCACCCCAGUGCGGCUGGGCUCCCUGGGGCCUUGGACAAGGAGGCAGGAGUGCUCAGUGCCGGCCCAGCCCCAGCCCAGGGUCCUGGGACACCACCCGCCUAGGAUUUGGCUCCCACCCCUACACCCAGUGACACCCUAGACGGCCCCAGGUGUGGACGGGAGGUGCGUCAGCUCCCUGACACUGACCUUCCAGGGGGCGGUUGUGCACAUUUACUUCUCCUUGACUCGUGUGUGAGUCCAGAGUAAACGUCACCACCGUGGAGCAACUCCUGAAUUAAACCCACUAGAGCGAGCUUUAAACUAACCUGAGCAUAGCCCUGCCACGUGCUCUAUGCUUGUACACGUUUGCACAUAUUUUGUUUAGGACAGUUUCAUAUUUGAGUUUGCGGAAUUAUCUAAUAGUCUUUUUUUGGCUAAUAUUUUUAUAACGUGGUUCUUAUUUAACUGUCUAGUUUUGAUAGAAUUUACCAGGUCAGGCUGAAUGAAGAUAUUGGCACAUGUCAUGUUAGUGGUUUAAAUUCUCUUAUUUAUGGUUUUAACUCUGUAAAAAAAUUUAAAUAGGAACAGAAAAAAUGCCUUAUGGAAAAACUAAAGCAAAUUCUUUAUAGAAAAAAUAUGGAAAUUUGAUUACACGUAAAAGAUGAUGUUUAUUUAAAAAAAAAACACUACAACAGUAACAAAAACUCCAAGCCUCCAGUUGCCUUUUCCUUUAACUCCCUUUUUCGGUGAAUUACCAAACUGAUUGACUUUCAGCCUCUUUGGCUAGAUCCUGUGAGAGAGGUUAUUUUUCUUACUGAUGGACCAACAUCAAGAAAGUUAAAGACAACUCUAACACCUGAAUGUGACUCACCACUUUUUAUCAGCAAACUCCUCUUUUGUGACUGAAGGCAUGCCCAGUUAACAAGAUUCCGUUCACAGUGGCGAUCUGGAAUGGGAGAGACAUCUGGAACUCUGUCCGUGACCCCGUGUCUUACUCCACACUCAGGGCAGAGCUGGGGACGUGUGGGGUGGCCCUGUCUGGAGGCAGCGGGCUCUGCGGCGUGGCUCCUAGGGGUGGCCCCAGGCUGACUGAUGGGGUGAGAGACCCACGCUCCCUGCCAACUCCAGACACACGUUGCCACUUAGAAAUAAUCAUCUUAUUUUGGAGAGGAAGAAAAAAAUUUUCACGUAGAAUAGUUUUUAACCAACAUGCAUUAAGACCACCUCUCCCCCCCCCCCUCUCUGCCCCCACCUCUCACUAGAAAACCAUGAAGUCUCAAAUU